AUGGCAUCUUCUCGUCGAACGAAAAUCUUCAUUUUUUCAUCAUCAUUCGCUUUAAUAAUCUAUCUUAUUCGUCGUUAUCGUCGAUACCUUCGAUUAAAAAAAUUUUUCAAACUUGUUCAAUCACAAAAUAAAUCUCUCAUGAGCAUUACUUUAUCGUCAUCGAUCGGAAUUAAUAAACGAUUUUUCAAUCAACUUCUGGUAAUCAUAAAAAUUCUCAUUCCACGUUUACGUAGUGAUUCAUUUGUAUUAUUUGUUACACAUUUAACUGCACUUAUUUCACGCACAUUCCUUUCAGUUUAUAUAGCACGACUCGAUGGUGCCAUUGUAAAAUCAUUAGUACAACGUAAUCCACGUGAUUUUAUUCGUACGAUUAGUAUUUUUCUGACUGUGGCUAUUCCGGCUAGUUUUAUUAAUAGUUUUAUUAAAUUUGCUGAAUCAAAACUUGCAUUAGCAUUUCGUUCGAAAUUGACUCGUUACGCUUAUGAUUCCUAUUUUCGUAAUCAAACAUAUUAUCGUAUAUCAAAUAUGGAUACUCGUUUACUUACACCGGAUCAAAAUUUAACAGACGAUAUUGAAACAUUUACAACAACAUUAACACAUCUAUUCUCUCAUCUUACGAAACCAUUUUUUGAUAUUGCAGUUGUAUCAUGGACACUUGUAGUUAUGGUUCAAGAAAAAAAACGAGCACGAGGUCUCAAAGAAGUUCCUAUUUUAACAAUUAUAGUCAUUUUUAUGACAUUUUUGGCACUUCGGAAACUUUCACCUCGAUUCGGUAAACUUGUUUCCGAAGAAGCAAGACGACGAGGCUUACUUCGUUUUGCACAUACAAGAAUUAUUACUAAUGCUGAAGAGAUUGCAUUUUUCGAUGGCCAUGAAGUAGAAAAAGAUUGGAUAUUAAAAUUAUAUUAUCAAUUAAGAGAACAAACAAACUUGAUUAUUAAGAAAAAACUUUGGUUUAUUAUGCUUGAACAAUUUUUAAUGAAAUAUUUCUGGCAUUCAUGUGGUAUGGUAUUUAUAGCUAUACCAAUCCUGACAUAUGAUGGAUCCGGUGAAACAGAUGAUCCAAUAGGAGAUCCGCUUGGAAUUAGUUCACGCACAGAGGCAUUUACAGUAAGUAAAAAUUUAUUAUCAUCGGGUGCCGAUGCAGUAGAACGUGUUAUAUCAUCGUAUAAAGAGAUUGCUCAAUUAGCGGGAUACACAAAUCGAGUUUAUACAAUGCUUCAGGUUUUUGAUGAAUGCGCACAUGAACGAUAUCAGCGACUUCCAACGAUAGUAGACGAAGAUUCAUAUAUAGAAGCAAAACGAAAAGUCAAUUUAAAUCCACAAGGAGGCCGAACUAUUGAAUCCGAUGCAGAUAUAAUUGCUGAAAAUUUGCCAAUAAUUACUCCAAAUGGUGAUGUUAUUAUCGAAAGUCUUUCAUUGAAAAUUACACCAAAUAUGCAUGUUCUUAUCACUGGACCCAAUGGUUGCGGUAAAUCAUCAUUCUUUCGUAUUGUUCGAGGUUUAUGGCCGAUCUAUUCUGGUUUUCUUCAUCGACCGAAUCCAUCGAAUUUCUUUCUCAUUCCACAAAGACCUUACAUGUGUCCGGGUACCUUACGAGAUCAAAUUAUUUAUCCACACAGAAUGGGUCAAGCCCGUAUCAAUGAUAAUCAUUUAAUGGAAAUUCUUAACAAUGUUGAAUUACAAUAUAUAGUACAACGUGAAGGUGGUUUAAAUGUUGAACGUGAUUGGAAAGAUAUUCUGUCGGGUGGUGAAAAACAACGUCUUGGUUUAGCUCGAAUUUUCUAUCAUAAACCUAAAUAUGCAUUGCUUGAUGAAUGUACCAGUGCCGUAUCGAUUGAUGUUGAAGGAAAAAUAUAUGAACGAGUAAAAAAACUAGGAAUUUCAUUAUUGACAAUAACACAUCGACCUUCUCUUUGGGCUUAUCAUACACAUUUGCUUCAGUUCAAUGGUGAUGGUGAAAAGGAACGUGCUGAAUCUCAAUUAGCUGGUAUUCCUGAAAUACAAAGACGUUUAGAUGAACUACCCCAAUUACUUGGCGAAGAUAUAACUGACGAUCAGAAUUAA